AUGGAUCGCGAUGAGGAGAAGGGCCACGGCGACAGAUCACUGCUGUUCAUAGGCGACGAGGACGACGACCUCGGCGUGGACCGGGAUGGCGGCUCGCCACCCUCGUCGGACGCGGGAUCCUCCUUCUCGGACAGGAGCGACGACGGCGGUGACGGUGACGGUGCCGACGACGGCACCGGCACCGGCAGCGGCAGUGGCAGCGGCAGCGAUGACGACGCCGACGCCGACGGCGACAAGGAACGCGCGCCCAACGUCGCCAGGCAGCAGGCCGCGUGGCCGCAGAGUUACAGGCAGUCGAUCGACAUGUUGAGCGCCGUCCAGUCGCCGUCGGUGAGUAGCAUCGUGGCGGCCAGCCCGAGCAUCACCAAGUUGGGGAGCUCUUUCCUCAAGGCCGGAAGCUCCUUCUUCCUCAAGAAGGGCGCCACCGAGGGCUCGCUGCCCCUCACCCGGCCAUUGCUACCGCCCUCUCUCUCGCAGCUGUCGCAGCAGCAGCAGCAGCAGCACGCAGGGCGGCCGUCGACAGACAGCUUGCAGCCGCGGCAACCGGCUCCGCAGCCACCCGCGGUGCAGCAGAGGCCCUCUGCGGCGUGCCUGAAAUCCAACUACAUUGAGCUCCCACCGCCGUCCUCCAAGUGCAGCAGUGGACAAUCUAUCAUCAACGGCCUCAAUGUCCUGUGCGGUGUUGGAAUUCUCACCACGUGUUUCGGAAUCAAACAAGCAGGAUGGUUAAGCCUCCUCCUCCUUCCCUUGUUGGGAGCCUGUUCAUGCUACACCGGUUUGCUUCUCAAGAGAUGCAUAGACAGCUCGCCAACCAUCGAAACAUACCCUGAUAUCGGACGAGCCGCUUUCGGUACCCCGGGUCGAAUAUUUGUAUCGGUUGUCCUUUAUCUAGAACUCUAUGCAUGCUGCGUGGAGUACAUCACACUGCUAGGAGACAGCUUGUCUUCAGUGUUUCCUUCUGCGCAUUUAGCUUUUACCGGCAUCUACUUGAACUCUCAUAACCUGUUCGCCAUAUCAAUGGCUUUGGCAAUUCUCCCAUCAGUCUGGCUCAGGAACCUCAGUCUCCUCUCCUAUCUUUCUGCCGGAGGCGUGGUUGCAACGAUAACAGUCGUUGUGUGCCUGUUUUGGGUUGGUAUUGGCGAUGGAGUUGGGUUCCACCCUUCUGGUAGUGCACUGAACCUGACCCAGCUUCCAGUGGCACUUGGCUUGUAUGGAUACUGUUUCUCAGGGCACUCGGUUUUCCCAAACAUAUACUCAUCAAUGAAGGAGCGCUCGCAGUUCCCUUUUGUCCUCCUGUUCUGCUUUAUAGUGGUCACAAUUGUGUACUCUGGGGUCGCGGCCACAGGGUUUCUGAUGUUCGGCGAGUCCACAAUGUCGCAAUUCACACUGAACAUGCCACAGCAGUAUGUUCCUUCUAAAAUCGCCAUUUGGAUGACGAUUGUGAACCCAUACACCAAAUACGCCUUGACGAUGACACCGGUCGCCUUGUCGAUAGAGGAGGCUCUGCCUAAGAUGAUGCGAAAUUACGUCGCAGGAAUGUGUGUUAGGACAGCUCUUGUCCUCUCGACUGUCGUCGUGGCUCUAUCUUUUCCAUACUUUGCCUUGGUGAUGGCAUUGCUUGGAUCUCUCUUCACAAUGCUAGUGGCCCUGAUCCUCCCUUGUGCAUGCUACCUCUCCAUCAAGCGGGAAUUAGUACCUUUGUGGGAGGUGGUUUUGUGCAUAACAAUCAUAUUGAUUGGCUUGGGUUGCGCGUGCGUUGGAUCAUACACUUCGAUUAACCAGAUGAUAGGCGGCAGUUAG